AUGAGGCAUUUGAGAUACAGGACUGCUGAUGAACAUUAUGUUGUUCCAUUAAACCACUCCGAAAUCGCAGAGAUGAAUGAAAGAUGUCCACUACAUAACAGAAAAUUCUUGGAAUUGUUUUGCAAUAAGUGUGUAACACCCGUGUGUUCAGUUUGUAUGAGGGAAAAGCAUAGUGGUCACAACAUUGGGGAUUUUGCCACAAUUUAUUCCACGGCUUUGGACUUCGUUAAGGACAAAAUAGCUACAAUUAAAAAGGACCUACUGCCAAGAUGCAGGACUUCGCUGCGCGAAAUACGAAAGAAAGAACGCAUUCUUCAAAAUCAGAUUUCAAAACUGACCGAAACAGCGGACGAAUAUGAAGAUUAUUUAAAUGGAACGCCUCACGAAUUGGUCUCGUUUUACAGGAACCGGAAGUCUGAACCGGAAGAGGUAUUGCUACCAGAGAUCAAAAGCGAGCACUCUCAACUAGAUGACAAAACGAUGUUCCAGAAACUUUAUAAAGCAUCACACCUGGACCAAUAUAUACGCGUUCGCGAAGCUAUGAACAACGGGCGAUCAUCAAAUCACUCAAGUCCCAGUGCCAGAGAAAUGGAUACCUCCGAAACUCAAACAGUUAACAAUGAAAUUUCGGUGCCAGUUGUAAAAAGCGCUCAUCAUAUAUCAUGCACAGAAGACGGUCUUGUUUGGGUUAGCGACAACUUUGGGAAUUUGGUUUUGAUGGACGUCAAAGGCAAAAGUCUGAUGAAGCUGGUCACCAACGGAGGGGACGAAGGUUAUCACUCGGCAACAAUCGACGGCGAACUGAUCUACGCCGACAAGACCAACAAAUGCGUGAAGAAAAUCACGACCAACAAGGAGGUCCAAACGAUCUUCAAAACGGGAAUGUGGAGGCCAACGUGCGUCUUUUCCUCGCCAAAGAACAAAGACAUCUUCGUUGGAUUAGUGUCCGAUCAAUACGCAAAAAUUGGGCGAUUUGAUAAGACGGGUCGUUCUCUCUUCGACAUUCACUCGGACAGUAAAGGCGAGGCGUUACUGAAAUAUCCCCUGUACUUGACCGAGAACAAAAACUCCGACAUCUGCAUUUCGGACGUCAACAAACACGCGGUUGUUGUCAUAGACACGUAUGGACGACACCGUUUCUCUUACAAGCGUCAAUGCAGCAAUGGUGGUUUCUGGCCGCAUGGAAUCAGCACAGACAACGAAAGCCACAUCUUGAUCUGCAACUCCUACUAUUCAAACCCCUCUGUAGAGAUGAUCGACGAAAAUGGCGUCUUCCUCUACAUCAUCUUAGCCCAGAAGCACGGCCUGCAAAAACCCCGGGGCCUGUGUGUGGACAACCAGCAGCGGUUGUGGGUGGGGCAGUGGCACGACAAUAAAGUCUGCGUGUACAAGAUCACAGUGUAG